GUGUGUGUGUGUGUGUGUGUGUGUGUGUGUGUGUGUGUGUGUGUGUUAGUUUGCAGGGACUGGUAGGGGCCAGUGUGCUCUGAGAAUAGCCAUGCCUUUGAUGACAGCAGAGCCCUGAUUAUGGGGCCUAUAAAGGCAGACGAGGAGUCAGCCAGCAGGACAGCAGUCCAGGAGUCACAAACAUAGGUGGGCACCGGGGAGUUUGAGUGGGAGUUUGUCAGGGGAGUGUGGGGAAGGGAGUAUGUGGUGUUCUGGUUUUGUUUUGUGUGUGUGUUUUCCCUUUUUCUCCUUGACAGGCAUUUAGGUGGGAGGCUGUGACAGCUACAGAGGCAGCAGUGGUAGAGACCCCAGGAAGGAAAGCGACAACGAAGCUGAUUGGAUGUGGAAGCUGUGGAAUGUACCUUAUCCUGGAACAGGGUAAACAAUGACUCAGGAGAGACAUUUAUUUUCUGGUGAGAGAUACAAGGCAAAGCAAACCAAGGGUCUCAGCACAACUACGGUGUCCAGCCAGGAACAUGCAGGUUUCGUUACUGCGCUUCACUGCGCUUGUACCUAUUCGGACCCUACAAGCCUCUGCCAAUACUGCGCAGGGUAGAUGUACCUUGAGACAACUAAAAUAGGUGAAGAGGGUGCAGAUCAGAGAUGGGUGGCAGAACCAGUAUUCUGCUCUCUGAAAUUCCAAGUGAAGAGGUCAAGUUACAGAUUCCAGCUUCUUCUAUGCCAACUUUAAGGAGAGAGCCACUACCUAUGGCCAGUGCAGACUGGCGCAAUAAAACAGCUACAGAUUUCAUCCUCCUGGGAUUUGGGGAUCUCCCUGAGCUGCAAAUUCUUCUCUUUCUUCUUUUUUCAGUGAUCUACAUUGUGACCAUGGUAGGGAACAUCCUAAUCAUUACACUCAUUGUAACUGAUCAGCACCUGCACACCCCCAUGUACUUCUUCCUGGGGAACUUGUCCUGCUUGGAGACCUGCUACACCUGCACCAUCCUGCCCAGGCUGCUGGCCAGUCUCCUAACAGGGGACAGAACCAUUUCUGUGCAGGGCUGCCUUACACAGUAUUAUUUGUUUGGUUUAUUUGGAGCCACAGAAUGUUAUCUCUUAGCUGCAAUGUCUUAUGAUCGGUAUUUAGCAAUAUGCAAACCACUGUACUAUGGAGCCCGUAUGAAUGGCAGAUUCUGUGUCCUGCUGGCAGCUGGGUCUUGGAUAAAUGGGUUUUUGCCUACUACCAUAACAACAUCUUUGAUGUCACAACUGCCUUUCUGUGGCCCUGGCAAGAUUGAUCACUUCUUUUGUGACUUCACCCCAGUGAUAGACCUCUCCUGCAGCGACAUCCGCUUGUUAGAACUUUUGGGUGUUGUCCUGUCAGGUGUAUGUUCACUGCCCCCAUCUCUAUUAACUGUAACAUCUUAUAUUUGUAUCAUCACCUCCAUCCUGAGAAUGCCUUCCACCACCGGGCGGCAAAAGGCCUUUUCCACCUGCUCCUCUCACCUCAUAGUGGUUACAACUUUCUAUGGGACCCUGAUCAUUGUUUAUCUCCUCCCCAAAACUAAGAUACUGCGAGACCUGAACAAAGUGUUCUCCAUCUUCUACACCAUCCUGACACCCCUUGUCAAUCCACUCAUCUACAGCCUGAGGAACAAAGAGGUAAAAAAGGCCCUAAAAAAAGCAGUCAGUAAAUUUACAGCUUUCACAAGAAUUUAGAGACAGUUAGGUCACUGUUUUAGCUGUCAAUGAAAUGGCAAUAA